AUGACUGAACAAGCAUUGGCCUACAAAUUCCAGUUCUACCAGUAUUACUUCUGUGUUUUGUUGAGAGGCUACAAGGUCUCCCGCCAGCAGGAAUGCCCUUACGAUGCUUUUGUGAUCUACUCCAGCAAGGAUGAGGCCUGUGUGAGAAUAGUGGAGAACCUUGAGAAAGGAAUCGUCCUGCGCCUCGCCCUCCGGGUCGCCAUCGAGGCCUGUGUCAGCACGUUUAGGUUUUCGUUGGGCUAUUUAAGCCGGCACCACUACACCAUUGCUCCCAUUCAACUGUGCCUCCACGAGCGGGACUUUGAAGUGGGUAAGUCUACCACCUCCAACAUCAUAGACGAGGACAUUAUGGGUAGCUGCAAGGUCAUCAUGGAAGUGUCGCGCCACUUCAUCAACAGCGCAUGGUGUCGCUUUGAGUUUGAUGUAGCUCAGUCCUGGCUGGUGCUGAAGGGCAACCCUAUCAUCACCAUCAUCAUCAUCAUACUGGGGGAUGUGGAGAAGAGGACCAAGAAAAUGUUUGGGCUCCACAAAUACUUGAAGAGGAACACUUACCUGAAAUGGAGGGACAACCCCGUCAGCAGCAUGAGAUUCUGGAGUCACCACAGGAAGGCUGUCAUCUCAAAGACACAAUAA